GGAAGAUCUCAAGGCGAUCAUCGGUAUGUCCUAUCUUCUUAUUUUUGAUCUUUAAAAAUUAUGAUAAAAAUAAACAUGGAAAAAAAAAUAUGUCUAUUUAUCAAUCUUCCCCUCACGCUUUAUUUCCAAUCCCCUCUUCAUGGCUCCGCAUUCUUAAUUUUCCCUCACGCACUGAUUAUCCCCCCACAUACUCACCACGAAACAGCCCGGAAUGAUCUCGGAAUUCUAAAGCGGAAACCCUCCGAUCUCAAACGCUAUCUCGCCUGGACAGCGGAUAUCAAAGCCCAAUAUGGCACCAUCACAAACUACAUUUGUCAACGCCGUUUAGGCUGGCACCUCCCGGACCCUGACACCACCACCGCCGCUACUACCGGCGCCACAACAGACAGUGGGGCGGUCUUCCCCUUCAGAAACCCGAUCCCCUUUGCCGAUCCCGCCGACUACAAGAUUCUCCGCAACGACUGGCCCUACGGCGUCACCCCGGACAUCAACCAUCUCGUCGUGUGGCUGCGGACUCCUGUCCCCGUAAAGCCGGAGAAUGGGGACGUGACCGACGAGUCCCGCGCCCUGAUUGAGGAUUUCGUGCACCGCACUUUUGUCGCGCGCCUUGCACAGGAGGGGAACUUGAAGCUUUCGGAUCCGAAAGAGAAUGUCCUCUGGUUUAAGAAUUGGACUGCGCUACAGAGUGUGCGCAGCUUGGAGCAUAUGCAUGUUCUUGUGAAGGGGGUUCCUGAGCAUAUUUUGCAGGAGUGGACUGGAGAACCUAUGAGAAAUUAGGAUGUCUUUUCGGCUGGAUUCAGAAAUUAGAUGUUAGAUGUAGAUCUGCUUUUGCAUCGAGAGACGUUUGGAUACAUUGCACACGUUGACGCCAGUUAUCAUAGUUGUUUUAAUAUUCCUGUGUAGUUUGUGUUGUGUUAGGAUAGUUUAUGUGCUUACAGUCCUAUUAAGCUGAGAUAUAUAUUUCACCCCCCUAGAGAGGCACCACACAGUUUGGCCUCUCGAUUUCCC